CCACGUUGACGCGUCGCUACAAUUCUGAGGUCACGUGUUUCCGCCCGAGUGUGCGUUUGGCGACCAGUUAUUGCAUCAUUGCGUUAGUAGGCCGCAAUACACGUGAGACUAGCAUAGCCUUCUUAAUGUAAAUUAAAGCAACGUCAUUUUCUGAGAAACUCGCAGUUAAAUUAUCAAAAUGCCUAAAAAAGCGAAAGAAGAAACGGAAUGGGUGGACACUGAUGUUGCUUCAGGGCCAGAAAAAACUGUGAAAAAAGGAAAGAAAGACAAAAAGGGAAAAAAGACUUUUUUUGAGGAACUCUCAACUGAUAGCAAACCUGAAAAGGCUAAUGAGGCUGCGGGGAAAGACAGUCAAACAAAGCAGCCCCAGAAAAAAAAAGAGCGACGGAAAGGAAAAGGUGUAGAUGUUGGUGAGAAUGAUGAGGAUGUCAUGCUGACUUUAAAAAAUCUGUCAGUGCAAGCAAGUGACGAGGAAGAUGAACCAGACAUAAUACCAAUCCAAAAAGACAAGAAAAAGACAGGAAACAUCUUUGCUGCUCUCAGUCAAGGACAGAGCGACGAUGAACAAGAUCUGCAUGAUGAUGACGAUAAACAUGCAAUGAAGACAGGAAAAGGAAAAACAUCUGAUAACAACCUAAACACCGAUGACAAUAAGGAUGAAGAGGAGGAAGAUGAUGAAGGAAGUGACAAUAUGAUGAGUGCUGAGGAUGUUAUUGCACAACAGGCCAAGGAGGCAGCAGAUGACCCGUUUGCUAACCUGAGCAAAAAGGAGAAGAAGAAGAAAAAAAAGCAGAUGGAAUAUGAGCGUCAGCUGGCUAGUGUUCGAGCUCAAAACGCAUUGGAAGGUGAUUUCUCCGUAUCUCAGGCUGAGAUGUCCUCCAGACAGGCAAUGCUGGAGAAUGCCUCAGAUAUCAAGUUGGAGAAGUUCAGCAUAUCUGCUCAUGGCAAGGAGCUUUUUGUCAAUGCUGACCUUAUGAUUGUGGCAGGAAGAAGAUAUGGUUUGGUUGGACCAAAUGGCAAAGGAAAGACCACAUUACUGAAACACAUAGCAAACAGAGCUCUCAGUAUUCCUCCCAACAUUGAUGUUUUGCUGUGUGAACAGGAGGUGGUAGCUGAUGACACUCCUGCAGUGCAAGCUGUGCUGAAGGCUGACACCCGCCGGUUGAAGCUCUUGGAGGAGGAAAAGACGCUACAGGCUCAUCUGGAGAAAGGAGAGGACAGUGUUGCUCAGAGGUUGGAGAAGGUCUAUGAAGAACUUAGGGUGAUUGGAGCUGCAGCGGCUGAGGCCAAGGCCAGAAGGAUCUUGGCUGGUCUGUCCUUUACCCCUGAGAUGCAGAACAGACCCACUAAAAGGUUCUCGGGAGGAUGGAGAAUGAGAGUUUCCCUAGCUAGAGCCCUUUUCAUGGAGCCCACCCUAUUGAUGCUGGAUGAACCCACCAACCACUUAGACCUGAAUGCUGUUAUCUGGCUUAACAACUACCUUCAAAGCUGGAAGAAGACUCUCCUCAUAGUGUCCCAUGAUCAGAGUUUUCUUGAUGAUGUGUGUACUGAUAUUAUCCACCUGGACAACCAAAAACUCUACUAUUACAGAGGGAACUACUUGACCUUCAAGAAGAUGUAUGUGCAAAAGCAAAAGGAGCUGCAGAAGCAGUAUGACAAACAGGAGAAGAAACUGAAAGAGCUGAAGGCUGGAGGAAAGUCCACCAAACAGGCUGAGAAACAGACUAAGGAGGCUCUGACCAGAAAACAGCAAAAAGGCAAGAAGAAGGGAGCUCAAGAGGAGGAGAGCCAGGACGCUACAGAGCUGCUGAAGAGACCAAAAGAGUAUACCGUCAAGUUCACCUUCCCCAACCCUCCUCCGCUCUCACCACCCAUAUUGGGGCUGCAUAGUGUUGACUUUGGUUAUGACAGUCAGAAGCCUCUCUUCAAAAACGUGGACUUUGGCAUUGACAUGGACUCCAGAAUUUGCAUUGUGGGACCCAAUGGGGUUGGGAAGAGUACUCUGCUGCUGCUGCUUACAGGAAAAUUAAACCCUAUUAAGGGUGAGAUGAGGAAGAAUCAUCGCCUGAAAGUGGGCUUCUUUAAUCAGCAGUAUGCUGAUCAGUUAAACAUGGAGGAGACAGCAACAGAGUACCUCAUGAGAAACUUCAAUCUUCCCUACCAGGACAGCAGGAAGUGCCUGGGACGUUUUGGCCUUGAGAGUCACGCACACACCAUUCAGAUUUCCAAACUCUCUGGUGGGCAGAAAGCCAGAGUUGUGUUUUCUGAGUUGGCUUGUCAUCAGCCAGAUGUACUUAUCUUGGAUGAACCGACUAACAAUCUGGACAUUGAGUCAAUAGAUGCCUUAUCAGAGGCCAUCAAUGAAUACAAAGGAGCCGUGGUCAUUGUAAGCCAUGAUGCGCGACUCAUAACGGAGACUCAGUGCCAGCUGUGGGUGGUGGAGGACCGAACGGUGAACCAAAUUGAGGGAGACUUUGAUGACUACAAGAGGGAAGUUCUGGAGGCCCUGGGAGAGACCAUGGUCAACAAGGUCAAUCCAUGAUCAGUUACAGCGGAGGUCCCCCAGCUCUGCAUUAUUUAAAAUCAAAUGCAUCAGAACUGUUGGAAUAUUCAUUCAUAAUUUCACAUAUGCAGGAAGAUUAAAUAUCUUUAACUAUGAUCUGUCAAAGCUUAAUAAAACAAACUUUCAAUUGCA